AUGGUCCAUCUCAACCCCUACUACCUACUGACAAUCAUUGUUAUCUCGUGCGGGUCUAUCCCCAAGGGUUACGAUGAAGGCGGCUUUAGCGCGUCGACGGGCCUGAACUCCUUCAAGCGGGACUUCGGCCUCCUCCCGAGCGACUGGGAGGGCAACCCGUCCGGCCUGGCGGACCGUAAGGCCAACAUCUCGUCGUUCGGCGUCCUCGGCGCCGCCUUCGGCUCCCUCCUCGCGCUCGCCGUUAACGACCGGCUCGGCCGGCUGAGGGCCUGGCAGCUGUUCGUCGCCGUGUGGAUGGCGGGCGCCCUCAUGCAGGUCUUCGCGUCCGGCAUCCUCGGCCUGAUGCUCUUCGCCCGCAUCUGGGGCGGCAUCGGCGCCGGCGGCCUCACCGUCGUCGCCCCUCUGUACCUGUCCGAGAUCGCCCCGGCCAAGUCGCGCGGCAUGGUCGUGAGCAUCUACAUGGUUGUCCUGCUGUCGUUCCUGACAAUAGGCUUCUUCAUCAACUACGCCGCCAACGCGACGCUGGCCGCGACGAGGAUGCAGUACCGCCUCGUCAUCGCCAUCCCGCUCAUCCCCGUCGGCCUGGCCUUCGUCGCGUCCUUCUUCCUCGACGACACCCCGCGCUGGCUCGCGUCCCGGGACCGCGGCGACGAGGCCCUCGCCGUGCUGGCGAAGCUCCGGCACGCCGACCCGGGCGACCAGGCCCUCGCGCUCGAGUACGACGAGAUCCACGAGCAGAUCCGCAACCGGCAGCAGAUCCUCGCCGACGCGUCCACCUGGUCCAUCGUCAGGGACAUCGCCACCAUCCCCACCUACCGCACGCGGUUCCUCCUCGGCGCCGCCAUGCAGACCGUCGCGCAGUGGUCCGGCGGCAACGGCAUCACGUACUACAUCCCCGAGAUCUUCCGGUACGCCGGCGUCGUCGGCGACAACACGUCGCUCAUCACGAGCGGCGCGUACGGCGCCGUCAAGCUCGUCUUCACCAUGGUCUUCACCUGGGGCCUCGUCGACGUCUUUGGCCGCCGGCGGUGCUUCAUCGCCGGCCUGUUCCUGCAGUGCGUCACCCACGUGUACAUGGCCGUGUACAUGGCCGUGUGGAUCGACGGCGGCAACAAGCCGGCGUCCGACGCCGCCAUCGCCUCCGUCUUCGUCUACGCCGUCGGCUGGUCCAUCGGCCUGUGCACCGUGCAGUACCUGUACGGCACCGAGAUCUACCCGACGCGCAUCCGCAGCGUCUGCUACGCGACCAACAUGGCGCUGCACUGGUUCUUCCAGUUCGCCGUCGUGCGCGUGACGCCCAACAUGUUCGUCAGCCUCGACAUCUGGGGCGCCUACGUCUUCUGGGCGUGCAUCUGCGCCGGCGGGCUCGUCCUCCUCGGCCUCUGGGCGCCCGAGACCAAGGGAAUCCCGAUGGAGAGGAUGGAGGAGCUGUUCAGCGGCCGCUGGUGGAUGGGAUGGAGGGCGAGCGUGGACCUGGACUCGAGCGAGACGAAGCCCUUUGGGAAGGGCGACUCGACGGGGAAGGACUCAAAAGAAGGACCGUUCACGCAGGAUCGCAAGACGGAGGCUUGA